AUAGGUCUUACACAUCCUUGGUUAAAUUUAUUUCUAGGUAUUUUAUUCUUUUUGAUGCAAUGAUAAAUGUGAUUAUUUUCCUAAUUUCUCUUUCUGCCAGUUUGUUAUUAGUGUAUAAAAAUGCACCGGAUUUCUGUGUAUUAGUUUUGUAUCCUGAAAUUUAUUCUAGUAAGUUUUUGGUUUUUAGGGUUUUCUAUAUGUAGAAUUAUGUCAUCUGCAAAUAAUGAUAGUUUAUUUCUUCCUUACCAAUUUAGAUGCUUUUUAUUCCUUUCCUUUGAUUGCUGUGGCUAGGACUUCCAAUGCUGUAUAGAAAAAAAAUGAUGAGAAUGGAUGGCCUUGUGUUGUUCCUGAUCUUAGAGGGAAAGCUUUUAGUUUUCCACCAUUGACAAUGAUGUUAACUGUGGGCUUGCCAUAUGAGGCCUUUAUUAUGUUGAGAUAGAAUGCUGAUAGAAAAGAACGAGUGCGUUGCUCCCGUGGUUUCCAGUUAUGUGAGCCCAUGGACAAAACCAACAGCUAUCGGAUCCCUCAGCCCACAUGUGACAGAGCUCCCAAGAAAACGAAAAGGAAGUGAUUCAGACCCAUCCCAAAAGGAAGAUGGUGAACAACACGUACAAAUGAAGUCCUUCAGAGAAGCUCAUAGUCAAACUGAAAAGCGGAGGAGAGAUAAAAUGAAUAACCUGAUUGAAGAACUGUCUGCAAUGAUCCCUCAGUGCAAUCCCGUGGCACGUAGACUGGACAAACUUACGGUUUUAAGAAUGGCUGUCCAACACGUGAGAUCUUUAAAAGGUAUGACUAAUUCUUAUGCAGGAGAUAAUUAUAGACCUUCAUUUAUUCAGGAUAAUGAGCUCAGACACUUAAUCCUUAAGACUGCAGAAGGCUUCCUAUUUGUGGUUGGAUGUGAAAGAGGAAAAAUUCUCUUCGUUUCAAAAUCAGUCUCCAAAACACUUAAUUAUGAUCAGGCUAGCUUGACUGGACAAAGCUUAUUUGACUUCUUACAUCCAAAAGAUGUUGCCAAAGUAAAGGAGCAACUUUCUUCUGAUAUUUCACCAAGGGAGAAGCUGAUCGAUGCCAAAACUGAUUUGCAAGUUCAUAGUAAUUUCCACAGUGGAAGGAGUCACGUGUAUUCUGGCUUGAGACGAUCCUUUUUUUGUCGGAUAAGGCGUUGUAAAAUCUCUGUCAAAGAAGAGCAUGAAUGCUUAUCCACCUCAAAGAAAAAAGAUCAUAGAAAAUUCUGUACUAUCCAUUGCACUGGUUACUUGAGAAGCUGGCCUCCAAAUAUUGUUGGAAUGGAAGAAGAAAAGGACAGUAAGAAAGACAGUAGUAAUUUUACCUGCCUUGUUGCCAUUGGAAGGUUACAUCCAAAUAUUGUACCACAGAACAGUGGAGAGAUUAAAGUGAAACCAACUGAAUUUAUAACCCGGUUUGCAAUGAAUGGGAAGUUUGUCUAUGUGGACCAAAGGGCAACAGCAAUUUUAGGAUACCUGCCUCAGGAACUUUUGGGAACUUCUUGUUAUGAAUAUUUUCAUCAGGAUGACCAUAGUAAUUUGACUGACAAGCACAAAGCAGUUCUACAGAGUAAAGAGAAAAUCUUUACAGAUUCAUACAAGUUCAGAAAGAAAGAUGGCUCUUUUGUAACUUUAAAAAGCCAGUGGUUUAGUUUCACAAAUCCUUGGACCAAAGAACUGGAAUAUAUUGUGUCUGUCAACAAUUUAGUUUUGGGACAUAGUGAGGUUAGAGAAGCAUCGUUACUUCCUUGCAGCUCUCAAUUAUCAGAAGAAUCCUCAAAACCAUCUUAUAUUAAUGUACCUGGAAUGUCUACUGGAAUAGUACUUGGCCCUGGUAGUAUUGGAACAGAUCUUGUAAAUGAAGUCCUGGACUUACAAAGGUUACAGGCUUCUUCCUCCCUUGAGGACUCAAGGCCAGCAGAUUUAAUGAAAGAUUCUCACACUAUAAACUGCAGGAAAGUAAGUACGAUGUCAAAUAAGGAGCCGAUUCCACGAAAUCCUUCUGAAAUAGGGGAGCCAGAGGCUCCAAGGCAAAACCACAGUGCUGUUCCUUCCCAUAGUCACGAGCCACUCCUUGGCCAAGGUGCCCAGCUGGAUUUUGAUGCCCUGUGUGACAAUGACGACACAGCCAUGGCUGCCUUCAUGAAUUACUUUGAAGCAGAAGGGGGCCUGGGAGACCCUGGGGACAUCAGUAAUAUCCACUGGACACUCUAGCGUUUGAUUUUCUAACUCUAAAAAUUAGGAAUGUGAUAAAGCAUUUCAUUUACAAAAAAAAAAAACUGUACAAUCUUCUGCUCUGUAUUGAUACUGUUCUUAUCUUUUAUUCCUAUUAAUGGUCUACCAAUUUUUAUAGAUUUGCACCUUUCACAGCAGUAUGGGGGAAAUGUGAGGUUUCCCUUCACAAAGAAUGGCUCAGCGUUUCCUACAGACCCCUUGGCUCAGUGAAAUGGCUUAAAACCCACUAGUUGCUGUAUUUUUGCUAAAAUAUUUCUAACCAAGAAUAUCACAUACA